AUGAGCAGUACAGCUCAAUACCCAAGGAGAGUAGAAGGCUAUUUUAAAAAAAGAAAAAAUGAUAAAUCAAUCAAAAUAUUCACUAAAUACACUAAACGAUUUUUUGUUUUAGAUAUAGAUGCUGGUACACUUUCAUAUGCCGAUAGUUUGAAUGUGGUUGAGCAAUUUUCUGCGUAAGUUAAAAUUGAAAAAAAUGAAGAUCCAUUUAAAGAUAAGAACCCUGCUGGCUGGGAACACGGUGUUAUUGUAGAAACUAAGGACCGAAUUUAUAAGCUAUACUCAAAUGACUAUAACUUCAAAGAGCUUUUUGUGUUUGUUUUAAACCAAUCGCUAGCUGAAAAAGAAUAGUAUUAGCAACGAUGUACUCAGGAGACAAAAUAUAAAAAAAUUAGUGGAGGACUCUCAGAAAUUUAAUUAGAUAAUGAAUACAAAUAACUUAAUUAAUUGACUGAGGAGAAUCAAGCCAAAUAAUACUCAGAAGGUAAUCUCUAUCUCAGAGAGUAUAAUAACUAGGAGAGUGGAAAAUUUGGGAAUAAAGUAUAGAAGAGAACAGAGUCAGUUAAAGCUCCUCAAACUAGAAAAAAUCUCAUUGUUGAGCAAAAUGAUGAAGAAGAGAAGCGUUAAAAAUUAGACUAGAGAAUGCUAUUGUUAAAGCAGAGUAAAAGAAAUUCUGAAGGUUUACAGUCAAGUUAGUUUGAAAUAGAACCAGCAGACUUACCUUACAAAGACAGAGAUGGAGAUGACAAAAAUAUAGCCGAUAGAGACUACAUGAUCGAUAAAUCUAAAAUAAAUAGAAUGUCUACAUCUGAAUACACAAAUUAUUAAAUAGAAGAUUCCUCCUACAUUAAUAAUAUUUAGUCUAGAGUUCAGUAAAAUAAUCUAUAAAAGGGAGUCGAGAAUAAAAGCUUAUUUCAAUAAUCCGAUUAUUAAAGUUAAAAUGAAUCCAAAGAGUAAUCCAAAUAAAAAUCUAACAUAAACUCUGAUUAUCCUAUUAAUUAGCAGACACAAUCUAAUGCCAAUAUCAGGCAUAGAUAGAGACCACCAUCACAGAAAAUGAGAGCAUCUCAUGGAUCAUUGCCUCGAGAUGUCUAUGGAAAUAUGAGUAUGCCGGCUAUAACAUAAAAAAGGCAUCGAAAAUCAGUCCAAGAAAAGCUAGAAAAUGCUUAAAAGUAACUUAUUAAGUAGAGUUAGGAAGCUGAUCGGUUAAAGGAAACCUCUGUAAUAGAAGAGAGAAUAAUUCAAGAUCAGGAAUAUGAAGCCAAACCAGUAGUUGUCAAGGAAAUCAUAUCAACAGACAUUCAUGUGGAAUCAAUAGUGGAGAACUAAUCUACAAUACUUUAGUACGCAUAAAAAAUUUAGUCACCAGCAAAAAAGAAGGUUCGAAAAAGAAAUUCUUAAAGAUGUAAUAUUCCAACUAAUCAAAAGACUAUUGAAGGGCUUUCACAGGAAAAAGCAAUAAGUUAAGAGUAUGUAGAAUCUAAAAAUACCGAGGAUAACAUUGAAGAAAUAAGCAAGUUUGAGGAAAUUCAGCUAGAUUAACCAAAUAUUAAGGAAUUAAAAGUGAUGCUGAUAAAUGAAAAUGAAAGCUUAAAAGACUAGGUUGAAAGCUUUCUUGAGCCUUCAAAUUAUCAAAACUAAGUUAUUAUCAAAUAACUGAAAAAAGCAGUUAUAGAUUUAGACAUUAAAGAUGAUUCAUUUAUUAAUGAAGCAGAGGUAUUGUAAAUAAAGUCUCCUACAGAGCUAGAUUUGGCCCAAAGGACAAGAAUUAGCUAGCCUAACGAUCUUAAAAAGCAGAAAAGUAUUAAGGAAAAAAUACAAGAUAUUAUUGAUGAUAGGGGUAGUGAUCUUAGUGAUAAUGAAGAUAUUUUAGAUUAAUCAACAACUCCUAUUGGAAAUGAUGACUUAUUUAAGUCAUAAAAUCAAGUACAGCCAUUAAAUCAAUAGAUUAAGCUUUAGUUAGAUACUUAGAAUUUCUCUAGCUCAGUAAAAGAGAACUAAAAUAGGAUGAGAUCAGCAAGCAUUUCCGAUAUUUAAUCAAGUCCAUCAAAAUAAAAAUCUCAUAUUUUCAAUAGUUAGAGUAAAAAUGGCUCAUUCCCACUCAAACAUAUUGGCAGAUUAGAGAGUAAUUUUUAUAAAUCCGGAGGGCCCUAAGCAAUAUCCUCUAAAGAUCAACAACACAUUUCUAAUGUUAAAACAGAAAUCUCAAGUAAUGUCCUAUGUCAGGAAUAAUAAAAUUAAUUUCUCGAAAAAAGCAAAAGUUAAUCUGAAACCUCCUAAUAAAAAUCAUAAUACACAGACCCCUAUUACUUUGAUAAUAACAACCCUCAGUCAAAUGAAAAAUUAAUUGAGAUGAUCAAAAGCAAUUUAUCACAGCUACAGAGAUACAACUAAAGUAAUCUUAAUCAAGCGAAUGUAGAAGGUCCGAUCGAUAAUCCAUUAGCUCCAUUAUAAGCUAUUUCAAUCAACGCUAAAUGUUAGUCAAUGAAUAAUAAGAACUUUGAAAGAAGCGAUUUAUUUCAUGCAGAUGCAAGCACGAGGUUGCAGCUGCUAAAUAAAUGGGAUAACAAGUUUGGUAAAUCAAAUAUAAUGAGUGAAGAGAAAUCUCCUCAGGAAAAAAGCCAGCUUAAUGAUACUUAUGAAUGGGAUAGAGAUGAUGAAGAUGGUAGUUAAAAGCAUUAAAAAUCUGUCGAUGAAUAACACAACAAGAGCUUAAUAAAUUUUAGAUACUCAAACUAAGGGAAUGCUGGAUUCAAUUCUACCAACAAUAAAAUGCUUUCAUCCCAGUACCCUAAUAGCUAUGGCAUGGAUAAUUUUGAGCAAGCCUCAACUAAGCAUACUUAGAAAGAUAAAAUUAAGCAAUUUCUAAAUCAACCUCAAAUCAAUCAUGGUAAAUCAGCAUCGACAAAGCAAACUCCAAAGUAAGAUAAAAAGCACCACCAUUACUAAGAUUAGGAUGACUAGGAACUGCAUUUUUAAAGAAAGCGCCAUUAGAAAACUAAGUCUUAGCUUUAAGGCCACCUACCUCUAAAGCCCAAUAUCAUGACUAGCACUUAGAAAUUGCCAAGUGAGUAGUUUAAUGAAUUCCAAAAUAAUCCAAAUAUCAACAUUUUCCAAAUAAACACAGAGAUGGUGAGUCAAGGAAAGAUGAACUACAUUAUGAAUACCUACUAGAUAAACAACGUUUAAAAUUUCAACAUUAAUCAAUUGAAUCUUGUAAAUAUGGUUAAUGGAUAAAAUUCCUAACCUUAGACUAAUGAUAGCUUUACAAAGAAUAACAAAGAUGAACAGAAACCAACUCCUAAUCCUAGCUUUCAAAACCCAUAUCAAUCCUAAAACUUACAUGAAGAGAUGCAACAACUUAACAUUCUUGAUCGUAUCAGAAUGGCACAUAGAGUAAGAGGAUCUGGCAAUUUUUCAACUUAAGCAAAGACAUCUACUCAGCCACUGCAUCAUAAUCUUGAGCUUGAGGAAAGUUAGCAUAACAAUAAAAAUCUAUUUAACUAAUCUCAUGUCAACAUAAAAAUAUGUAAGGAUUCAGAGUUGAUAAAUACUGACAUUCAAAGAAAAGUUCCAAAAUCAUCUAAAAUGUCCUCUUAAGGAUUAAGAAAUCAAGGUUCUGUUUUAUAAACUAAUCUAAACCUCGAAUUGGGAAAUUUGGCAUUAAAUUCUGCUAAUGAGGCUUAUGACAAUCCUGAGAAUCAAGGGAUUAACAAAAAUUCCUCCUCCAAAGGAAAGAUAGUUGUUCUGAAACCAUCUUAAAUUACUAAGGGCAGUAUGUAGCCGAAUUCUAAAUUAAGCUCGAAUUAAAUGUCUUCAUGUCUUCUCCAAAAUCAUGAGAUCUCUACUUCGCCACGUCCCGCUGCCGUCAUUAUCUAAAAAUUUAAGAAAAAUGAAAAUUUAGCUAGAGAAGGCAUUACUGGUUCUCCUUCAGCCCAGAUGAAACGUUAGAAAAGUUUUAUUCAUCAAUAGAAAUCAAAGUAAAAAGAACCAGAAGAAAUUAAAGCAAAUGAUACUUUCGAUUAUAACUGGGAUGAUGAAACAAUAAACAAUUCAAUUGCACAUAACUAAAACAAAGCUAGCAUCAAAAGUAAAUUAGUUUUAAGCUCUGCAAGAAGAUAAAGCUGUGGUGUGCAGAAGCAUGAAGAGGUGAGCAAGAUGCAGGAUUAUAAGGAUGAAUAGGCAUUAUUGUCUGCUAAUAAAAUGAAUUCCGUGCGGAAAGUAAUCGAAGACGCCACUCAGAUAUCAAUCUGGGACUGA